UCAGCUUCUUCUAUACAGACAGGGGGAACUGUAAACAGCAGAAUUAAAUGUCCUUUAAUGGCUUUGAAUCUAAUUAACUGAUCUCUUGGUUUGACGCACCGAUUGCUUUAAUACUUCCUAGAAGCUUUUAUUAGUAAUUUAAUUUACUCCGAACCUGAGCCGCUCUCUUUGUGGAAGUGGAAGUUAGAAGAUAGCUGACCUUUUUUUUGAAUUGCGGUUGAUCUCUCACCGGACGCCUACGCACUGGCAGUUCCUGUACGUUAGUCGUUCACUAUAAGAAUACUUGCUUCCACUACCAAAUCCACUUCAACUGGAGUCCCAACAUUAUCAGCAUGCUCGUCUUACAGCUCCUCCUGGUCUCCGGGGUUCUCUCCGCUGUACCCGCGGUCGAUCCUCUCCGCACCUUCCAGUUCCGGAGCCCUUGGACCGGGGAGGACCUGACGUGUGACCGGUGUCCACCAGGCACCCACAUGACCGCGCACUGCAGCGCCUCCACGGCCACCAAGUGCGCGCCGUGCCGGAGGGAGCACUUCACCGAGCUGUGGAACCACCUGCCCCGGUGUCUGUACUGCGACAACUUCUGCACCGACAACCAGGAGGUGGAGACCGAGUGCUCGCCGGUCAGCAACCGGGCGUGUCGGUGCAAGGAGGGCUUCUACUGGGCCAGUGACUUCUGUGUGCGACACUCGGAGUGCGAGCCCGGGGAGGGCGUUCGGACCAAAGGUACGUCGCAGAAGAACACUGUUUGUGAACAGUGUUCCGAUGGCUACUUCUCCAACUCGUCUUCUGCUCUGGAAACGUGUGUAAGGCAUCAGGAAUGUGCAAUUGGACAGACUGUGCUGCUUCCCAGCUCUGUUUACCAUGACUCGGUGUGCGGCACCUGCGAUUCGCUUGCAAAUGGAGGUGAGCCACUCAGGACCUUCCUCUCGGACUUCUUCUCAAUGCACAGGAUGCGUGUGGUAAAGAUGUGGAGAUUUGUCACCAGGUACAUCAACCGUUCGGCCCCCAGAAAGAGAGGCGCUCUCAUGCAUCAGAUCACAGCGUGGCUGGCCCAGGCUCCAGAGGAGCAGCUGAGAAAACUGCCACAGAUGCUGAAGGACUCAAACCUCAAAACCAUAGCAGAAAAACUGGAGAAGAGGCUCAUGGAGAUCCAGCACAAGAUUCCAAACUGUAGCUUAAAUCUAUUAGACUGACAGCUCAUGGUAUAUGUAGGAGUAUGACAUGUUUGAGACAUUAAAAGCCACAUACCUCAGUGUGAUACAGCUGAAUUUUUUGCCUAUUUGAAAAGCACUUGAAUUUUUUUUACCACAUUGUUUAUUUUCCUGUGAGAGUGCAUUGCCACGUGAUAUUUCGUAGAAAUCAGUGAGAAAUAUAUGACAGAUAUAUGAAAAGCAUGAUGAUGGACUGUUUCCAUUAAUUGGAUAUGGAUUUACUUACAUCUACAGAUUAAUUUGAAUAUUGCAUCAACGCUGCAAACAUCGAAAGAAUACUUCUAAACCAAAAUUCUGAUUACUAUUUAUCAGUUUAACCAAGCAUGGCUGUAAUUUAACCAAAUGACCACUGGAUGUCGCCCUCCUCCAUCUUUACCUCUGGUCCUUGUAGACAUAUGUUUUAACAUAUUCAAAAUAGUUAUUUUACAAACACAGUGUUUUAUAAUCAUCAAAAUGACCUUUUCAUGCAUCAGAACCUGUUUCUCACUGACUCUGGGGCCUAAACCUGUUGGGACAAUCUAUCAUUCCACAAUAAAAGUGUGUAUUUUGUACAGAAUUCCAAAUAUA